CUUAUUUAAUAUAACCAUAUUUCACUUUCUUCAUCAAUCUCUAGAAAUCCAGAAACGAACAUCCUUUUCAACCCUUGCUCGUAAAACAAAGAAUAAAUAAAGAUUAAAUUUAAAGAUAAUUUAAAAUAGCAAAAUUACACUUUCUUUUUAACAACGAAAAAAAUGUAAUUUCAACAAUGUCCAACAUCCUCAAAACACUCUCCACUCUCGUUCCCUCAAACUAUAUUCAAAGCAGCCGAUUCAAUCCAUCCCCUUCUUAAAUAAUGCAAAGAGACGUCCAAUCGAAUCCAUCUACUGUCAACCCGUUCAACAAGUGGCAAUUACCUUUUUUCCACUCCAUCGUCUUAUUUCCGCGCGACAAAAGGAAAAGAGAGGCGAAAUAUUGACACGUGAAAACGGCACCUGUUAUUAUGGGGACUCGCGAGGUAAAGGUUAAUAAGAACGAGCAACUAGACAGUUUGAAGAGCGAGCAUGCAAAGGGAGGUUGAAUUGGACGUGUCGGUGAACUUGGCAGCCUUUUUCUUGAAGAACGUCGGCCUGUGGGCGUCGAACGAUCCUGGCCACGAACGUCGAAGAAAAGUGAUACUCGUGUACACGAUGUGGUGCGUUACCCUCAGCUCGGUUGUAAUUAUCAGAGAUGUGUACUUCACGUGGUUUUAUAACGGAGAUAUUCUCUACGUUGUGACCAAUGCUUUGAGCAUGAUGAUGAUAACAGUGAAGGUAUGCGUGAUAGUGGUACACAAAGAGGAAUUUAUCAAUCUGAUCGUGUACAUGCAGGAAAAUUUCUGGAACGAUAACUACCACGAUCUCCGCGAGAGGGAAAUUUUGGAAAAUUGCAAGAGAACCUGCGCCUUCUUCGUCUCCCUGGUCACGGCGAUCGGAAUAUGCGCUAUACUCUCCUAUCUGGCCACGCCGCUCAUUGUACAAACCGCGAGCAAUAAUUCCGAAAGAAUGCUUCCAUUUAACAUGUGGUUAAAGUUACCGUUAUCGGAAUCACCUUACUACGAAUUAAUGUUCGUUUACCAGAUAAUGACUUUCUACUUCAUUGGAAUAUCGUACUUUUGCUUCGACAAUAUUUUCUGCAUCAUGACCGUACAUCUGGCCGGCCAGUUCCAAAUACUUCGACACAGAUUUGAUCGAUUGUGCAACGCGGAAGAUCGAAUAGCCGAGAAAGGCGCGCAUGCGCGAGGAUUUUACGACAGAUUCAAAGCUCACGUUCGAUACCAUCAGGCGUUGAUCGAUUAUUGCGAGAAAAUUGAGAACGUUUACACCACGAUCAUAUUUGGACAAGUGUUGGUGUUUAGCGUGUUAAUCUGCCUCUUCGGCUACCAAAUAUUGUUGGCUAACGCGCCAUCAACGAGACGCUCCAUCUUCAUCUUUCUUUUGAUCGGCGCCAUGUCUUUGCUGUUCAUGUUCACGUUCAGCUGCAAUUGCGUGACAGAGCACAGUGAAAAUAUCGCUAUUGGUGCGUACUCGGCGUUGUGGACUGCGAUGCCGAUGGACAAGUUUGGGAAGAUGCUUCGAAACGAUCUGAUAAUGGUGAUCAAGCGAUCCAGACGAGUUUGUUGUCUGACCGCGAAUGGAUUUUUCCCUGUAUCUUUAGAAACGUACACUACAAUUUUGAGUACCGCGGUAUCGUAUUUCACGCUGUUGAGAAACAACGUAGAAAAGAAAUCCAUCAACGGUGCAAUCAACCUGUUUCGCCUGUUGAAAGGUGGCAAUCACCAGUUUUCCUUUAUAAGUGAAAAGGAAAGGAAAGGGAUCGAUGAUAAUCCUGUCAUUACAUACAUUCGAGCGUGUAAAACGACACGCAUUUGGACGAUGGAAAAAGAAUUGGAUAUAUCGGUGAAUUUGUCGUCGUUUUUCUUGAGGAGCAUAGGGCUGUGGAUAGGUGACGGGUCCACGAAUGAACGUAGGAGAAAGGGGAUGCUCGCCUAUACGAUUUGGUGCACGUUCUUCUCCACCAUCAUCAGUAGUAGAGAUUUGUACUUCACUUGGAUUUACAAUGGCGUACGAGCGUAUUGUAUUUGUAUGAAACUACCGGCAGUUACAGAUAUUCUUUACGCCCUUACCAAUUAUAUGAGUGUGAUGAUGAUCUUGCUCAAGAUAUGCGUCAUAGUGGUGCAUAAGAGCGAGUUUAUUAACCUGAUCCUGUACAUGCAACGAUACUUCUGGAACGUUAAUUACGACUCUCGCGAAAAAGAGAUUUUGAACGGCUGCAAAAAGACUUGUGCCUUUUUCGUUUCCACCGUCACUUUUAUCGGUAUAUGCGCCAUACUGUCGUAUCUAACGACGCCAUUCACAGCUCGUAUUGGAAACAACGAAUCCGAAAGAAUACUUCCAUUUAACAUGUGGGUGAACUUGCCACUUUCUCAAACGCCUUAUUACGAGUUAUUGUUUCUUAUCCAGAUAAUAACUUUGUAUUACAUAGGGAUCUGUUACUUUUGCUUCGACAACGUUUUCUGCAUCAUGGCCAUCCAUCUGACCGGCCAGUUUCGCAUACUCGGAUACAGAUUCGCGAAACUGUGCAACAUAGAGCACGAAAUGCGCGAAAAAGACACGGUGUUGUCAAAACACGUGCACACGUGUUACGAAAAGUUUAAGGAGUACGUUCGAUACCAUCAAGCCUUGAUCAACUUUUACACGAAGCUUGAAAACGUGUACACGAUGAUCAUACUCGGGCAAGUGAUAGUAUUUAGCGCGUUGAUUUGCCUGUUUUGCUAUCAAGUGUUGUUGGCCAACGCACCUUCAGCGAGACGCUCCAUUUUCAUCUUUCUUUUGAUCGGCGCCAUGUCUUUGCUGUUCAUGUUCACGUACAGCUGCGACGGCGUGAUAGAACAAAGCGACAACGUCGCUGUGGGGGCUUAUUCGGCACUGUGGACGAUUAUGCCGAUGGACAAGUUCGGGAGAAUGCUUCGAAACGAUCUGAUAAUGGUGAUCGAGCGAUCGAGGCGCGUUUGUUGUCUGACCGCGAAUGGAUUUUUCCCUGUAUCCUUGGAAACCUAUACUACGAUUCUUAGUACCGCGGUAUCGUACUUUACACUGUUACGAAAUAAUAUGGAAAAUGACAAGGAUGAUUAAUGACACGGAUUACAUAAAUCAAUCGUCAGUUUAAAAUUGUAUAUAAUUCUUAAAAUAAAAAAAGGAUAAAAAUUGUUACCUUUAUUUAUA